AUGUCGACGGAUACCAUGUAUUUUAACAGCUCAAGGCUGUUGCCAUCGGCUGGCAAAAACAAGACGAAUAAUCUUAUCAAGCAAAAACCCAGAAAUAAUCGUGCGAGCGGGAAUACUGCUAAGAACAUAAGUAACAACACUUCUACCACGGAUAUACCACCUCCUCAAACCCUUCCCAACGGUGAAAAACCCAACUUCGGCCAUUCUUCCAACAAGAAGCCGUCUUUUUACCAGAAGAAACACUCCUCGCCUUCUCCGCCCUCCUCUAUGUCUUCUCCUGGUAAAAAGAACAGAGAACACAAUAAGGAGGGUCCACGACAGAGCAACAGGAAUGAAAGUCGUUUACACAGUCAGAAUCUGAAGAACCUGCUUCUGAACCAGAAACAAACCCCUCAUAACCCUCGCGGGAUAAUACCAAUGAAUUGCAAUGGCAGUGCUAAGAAAUUUAGCCACUCCUAUGCCGGCUCCACUUUUGCCACCAAUGGCCCAAGGGAAGCCAAAAGCUUGCCCAAACCAAGCUUCUUAUGA